AUGGCGACCCAUCUCCCUACAGAGCUCCUGCAGUCGAUUCUGCUCUCUCUCGACCUCGAAUCGUUCUACUCGGCCCGCCUCACCUGCAGUUCCUGGCACCAUGCGGCGUCCAAUCCAUUUAUCCUGCGAUCAGCCCUGGCGGAAGCACCUGUGUCUCUGCCUGCAACCACCCAGGACACGCUCACAGCGACACAAGCCUGGAACACCUACUUGACACAAUUCGCGCACCGAACCCUCCUGGACCGGCGCCUCGGCGUUGAAAAACAAGCAUCCAAGCGUCUUCUCCCAGCAGGGUACAGCAGCCCCAGCACCACCGUAGCGCUCUCCCCGGACGGCACCAAGGUCGUCGCCCUCAAAGGCGCCCGGAUCAUGCUCCACGACUUCCACCGCGACACAUGCACCUCUUCCUUCGCCCUCUCGCGCUCCCUGUACCCGGUCUGGGCCUGCGUGUGUCGUGCUCUCGUCUAUGGUGCCGGCGCUGGCGCUGGCACCAGCCCCCUCGCGUUCAGCGAGCGGUACGCAAAGUCCCAUAUCGCGCUCUCCAGCCGCGGUGACCUCGUCGCCGUCGCGCUGGGCCGCACCAUCCAGAUCUACGACCUGGCGGAGAAGACGCUCGCGCAGCCCCCGGCGGAAUUCGUCCUCGGCGACAAGACCACCGAGUUCGUCGUCGCCCCGCCGCCGCAGACGUACCAGGAGACAGACGGCGUCGUCGAGUCCGUCGCCUUCGCCGGCGACGAUGACCUGCUCCUCCGCGUCGUCAUCGGCAGGGAGUCCGGCUCCAGUGCGCACAUUCGAGUCCGGUACCUGGGCGACCCGGCCCGCGCCUCCUCCACAUCCACCAGCGCAGAGUCAGACGUCGCCUCAAACACCGAGCGCGACCGCGACCGUCUCGCCUAUUGGCGCGCCAACCUCAACCGCAUCUACCUCGACUCCGCCGCGCUGGCCGCCUCCCUCUCGCAACCCACAUACUCCGAACCCAUCUCGCUAACGGGCCUUCUCGUCCUCCCCAACUCCCUCGCCUCCCGCCUAUCCCCAUACCCUACUGAACCCUCAUACACAUACUUCCUCUGCGCCCUGCACCAAGGCUUCAAAAACAGCUACUGUCUCGCCCGCACACCCACACCAUCCACGACCUCCACAUCCUCCCAACCUCCAGCACCACCAACAAUCCUCUUUACCUUCCCCACCCGCCCCAGCGACCCCAACCACCUCUCCACCGACAAACUCCUCGCCGCCACGACCCCGGAAUCCACCUUCACGCAGCACAUCCGCUCCCUCUCGCACCAGCGCUGGGACGUCGCGAACCUGCCCGCCGCGACGGCCGCCGCGCCCGUGCUGGCCGUCGCGGACGACGGCGCCCUCUUCGCGGUGUAUGAGCCCGGGGCCGGCCACUCGUACCGCGGGAGCGGGGGCGCGGUGUAUGUGUAUAGUCUGGCGGGGGUGGGGGGUGGUCCAACGGAAGGCGAGCGCGAGGAGAUCCCGGCGUGGUCGUUCCUGUUGGAUAUUGUGGAUGUGGAGGUGGAGGGGAUCCGGGUGACACGGGAGCCGGAGCGGGAGAGUGAAAAGUCGGAAUGGGGGGGUGGACGGCGGGCGUCGUAUAUGAUUACUGCUAUUGCCGGGGGGAAGUUGCUGGAGUGGAGGUUGAAGUGA